AUGUCAAGGUACAUUCACCGAGCACUUUGCGCCUUUGCCGCGGCCGCAAUCAUAUCUCCUUUGAGUACAUGUGGACAUGAUGCCCCAGUUCCUCACAGUGCUCAACCUGGCGUAGAGCAAAGCCCACAAAUGCCAAAUGCAGGUACUGUGCCCUACGGCCACCAUUACCCGCAUCCCCCCGCAUCCGAUCCUUCUGCUGCGUAUCCACACCCUCCAUCUACACAUGAACCACACGGCUAUGGGGACCCCCAUCACCCGCUGCCUCCUAACAAUCAUGAGAACGCGGCAUCUGCUCCUCCUCCUCCCCAGUAUGCUCUAUGGGAGCAGUCCUCCGGUACAACCGAGCUGCUUACCCACUCCUGGCACCCUCCCCUGACUGCGGAAAAUCUCAGCCAGUGGGAUGUUGCAAUGGCCACAGUUCCGUCCGGGGAACACCUUGUGCUGUUGCCCGGGGACGCUAACCGGACGGGACAGUUUUGGCAUCGGAACGCUAUUCCAGCCAUGCAAUUUGAGGUGCAGUUUGGGUUUGGGGUUUUUGGAAAGGACAAUCAAACGCAGGAAACAGCUGAAGCAGUUGCUCACCACAGCGACGGCCAACCUGAAGGGUUUGCCUUUUGGUAUGUCUACGAGUCAUAUACAAGCGUAUACCCAAGAUCCCCCGAAGAGCAAACAAGCUGGAGCCUUAUUGGUUACAAAAACAAUCCUAAAGGACUCGGGGUUGUUUUUAAGUCAGUGGAUCGGGAUGGCCGCCUUAACCCCUCGAUUUCAUGUAUUCAUAACACUGCAGACGGCAGGGAACUAGCCAAAGAACUCCCCACGUCCAGUGCCUUUUUCUAUCAGUACAGGAAUAAGACUGCUCCUGUGCUCUUCCGCGUCAUUGUUGGAGAUCAAGGAGUAGUUGCCCAAAUCCGUGAAUCGGUCACUUCUGCGUGGGCUACAGCCUGCUCUUUGGAUCACGUCCGCCUACACCCCCAUGGUUUCAUUGGUUUCACAGGUCAUAACAGACCUGCUGGGCAAGUACCACAUGCGCACCAGCAUCCGGGGGAUCAGGUUGUACUGUACUUCGUCAAGACGUGGAGUAUGGAACCUCUUGCGCCUACCCAGCAUACAGCUACUCCGCAGCUUGCAGCCUAUUCUUCCGACGAGAAACAUGUGGCAACUGAAGCUGACGCACAUCUGCCCCACAAUGAGCAAUACGGAAUUUACUCCGACUUUUCACACCCAUCUUCCUAUGCGCCCCCUAGCCAUAACAAUGCGGAUCAAACGGUUAUGGGAUUGCUGCAAUCUAUUGGAAAUCAAAUCAGCAUGCUAAGUAUGGAGGUUGACGAGUUACGGCAAGAUCUGCGAAAGCACUGGGGAGACGAAGGUCCGGAGGCCGUGAAAUCCCUCAAGUCUGAGCUGACUGGUUUCAAGGAUUUGUUUAAGCGGCACUCGCAACAGCAUUCCUCUGCUCUAAACACUAUCCACAAACAUGUUGAGACCAAAGCAAGCUCUGCAAAAGAUGGGGACUCUUCAAUUAUCUCGAGGCUCACCGAUUUGUCAAGCCAGAUUGAGAAGGAUGUGACAAUGAGAUAUGCGAAUUCGUUCCUACUCUCAAUGGCAGCACUUGUUCUGGUCAUACUGUUUGCCCUUUGUUCUUGGAGGAAGUUCCACGAUAUAGAAAAGAAGCACAUGCUCUGA